AUGGGUGCGCUGCGUGACCUGCGGUCGCCGCACGGCCCGCGGCGGCGGCGCCGUCGCUACCUCGCGCCCGGCGCUGGCGCUGCGGCCGCCUUCGCGUCCUUGCCGGUCUUGGCGCUGGCGUGCCUUGUUGCUGCACGGUGCACCUCUGCGCAUCAGAUGAAUGAGUACGCGGCGCCCUUCCUCGACUUCGACUUUGGCGACUCGGACAAGAUGUGCGGCUCGUGGCCCGGCCAGUACAUGGCGCUGCACGAGCGCAUCCGCCAAGCCAGUAAGGACGCAUACGCGGCUCGACUCCAGAGCGACGCCGCCGCCGCCGCCGCCGCCGCCGCUGCCGCUGCUGCUGCUGCCCCCCCCUCCGCCGCGGCUCCGUCCGCGCCCGACGGCGCCGAAGCCGCCGCCGCCGCCGCCGCCGCCGCCGCUGCCGCCGCCGCAGCGCCGCCGUCGGAAGCGGCGCCGCCGCCGUACGACCCGUCGAUCCGGUUCCUAACCUUCGAGUGGCUGAACGGGUGCGGCGGGUACGGCGACGUACUAGUCGGUCUAAUCGCCGCGUUCGUAGUCGCCGUCCUAGACAACCGCGCGCUAAUCAUCCGCCACGCGUGUCUCCCCGCGGCGUUCCAGCCGAACCUAAUCGACUGGGUAAUCUCCCCUGACGUUCCGUUAGAGCCGUCGCGAUUUAUCAACGGCCCGCAGUCGUGGAUGGGACGGCCCGAGCCCGCGACGCCCGGCGAGGUGGUGUUUGUGGAGUUGAGGAAUAAGUACGUGGAGUUGGAGCCGUAUUUUUCGAAGCUGAACGCGUCGGUUAAUGUGCGCAUGGCCGCGAAUCGCGGCGUGCUGACGUACCUGCAGACGCGCGCCGCGGGGUCGUGGGCGCAGCGGUUCAGCCAGAUCGGCAUGCGCCUGCCGUACGCUGUGGGGUGCUUCCUGCGCUUCCUGUUCACUCCGCGGCCAGAGGUGCAGGCGCUGGUGAGGGGCAUGGAGCAGCAGCUGCGCGCAGCCAUGGUGGGGGAGGGGGGGCAGGCGAGGGGAGUGGCGACGGUGGGCAUUCACAUCCGCGUGAAGGACGGGUUCGUGUGGGACGGCAAGUGGGGGGACGGGGAUCCGAAGAAGCUGAACGAGGAGCAGGUGGCGUGGCUGGGCAAGCAGGCCAAGGAGUGGAUUGACUGCGCUCUGAGGGUGGAGGGGUACUGGUUUCCGUCCUCCCUGGGUGUGCGCUGGAUGCUUAUCACCAAUUCCGCUCAGCUCAAGCAAGCCAUCAAGUCACAGUACCCCGAUAAGUCAGCUCAAGCAAGCCAUUGA